AUGAGGGCCCUUAAAAAGGCCAACCCUGAUAUGCCGUGGGUGGUUGUGACAGAGAGGGUCUCACGCGUGAGCAGCCGUGCACUUGAAUACUUCGAGGUACCCCAGCAACAGAACAGUGUGGACUGCGGGGUCUACGUCUGUAUGUUCUCCAAGGAGCUUGUGGGCCGAGCUUUCGAAUGCCUGGAAGAAGGGAUCAAUCAUCCUCGUUACAGUGCUGCCAAAUGCAGGCGCGAAAUUCGGGAUCUGAUAUGCGAGGCUGGUGCAGGUACACUGCUGGAAUCGCUGGCACUGAAGGGGGCCGACAUUCCCCCACAGAGUGAUCAGCACGGGGGGGACGAGAGUGAUAGCGAGGGCGGAGUUGAGGAGAUAAAGGAGCCAACCAUCCAGGAUUUGGCGGCGGAGCAGUUGUCUCAUGCUGCACAGCUGAAGGGCCUGCAUGAAGACAUGGAGUCUCUGAAAGACUCCGUUUACAGUGGAGAAAAGGGACUCGACAAAGUGAUGGGUAUCUUGUCGUCACUCUUCACGACCGUCCUGGGGAUGGCUGCCAAGACAGGGUUCAAGCUGCCGACGGGUUUAGUGGAGGUUUUGAACAGCGACAAACCCACCACCUCUACCGCUGCAGCCCCUCCGCCCCAUCGUACGCCCGCAGCAUCAUUGGAAGCUCCGGUGAACAUGAUCGCUGUUCCCCACGCUUCCACCACCGCUCCGUCACAUGCGCGCCCAACAUUUUGCGCGACGACGCCAUGUACUGUCCAAGGCCAGGGUGCCACACCCGGUGCACACAAGUCCGAGGCGGGUCACUCUGGUCUCGCGGCCGUCCCAUCUAGCACCACGCAAGGUCAGCUGGUUUCUGCAGCAGGUGUUACUACAGCGGCAGGUGGCCUGGCAGGGAACGGUGAAGGUGCUCAGCGAGCUUCAGCGGCGCAGGCAGGUGCACCUGAUGGUGCUUUUCCAUCUGCUCGGCGGCAGGCAGGUGCCUCUGCCGGUGCUUCGACACAAGGGGUUGGACAGCUAGGUGCAGCAUCGGGUAUGCCAGGAGCGGCAUCAAGUCUGCGAGGUGCACUUCAUGCAGCAGGGAGUGUUCCUACCGUACCGACUGGUCAGACAGGUGCAGCAGCCUUCAUUCCUACCGCCUCUACGGGCCAUACAGGUGCAGCCGUGAGUUUCCCAACUGUAGCCGCAGGUCAUGCAGGUCCAGCAACCGGUGUUCCGACGGCAUCGGCCGGUCACGCAACGGCAGCAUCCGGUGUUCCGACUGGCGCCGCGGGUUUAGGUGUUUCAGCAGCCGAGGUCCAGGGUACGCAAUGGUCGGUUUUGGCGGCAGGCACUGCAAGGGCACCUGAUGUUCAAAGGGCUUCUUCUGUAUGGUCUUCGGGGGAACAGUUCUUUGCCCCAUCUGCCUUUCACCCAGGGGCGCAUAUGCAGGGUGUACGCGCACCAUCUGCGGUGGGGUUUGCGCAGAAUGCAGGCGCUAUUCAGCAGGUGGCCACCUCAUCCGCCGCUCAUUCAUGGCCGAUUGGGUUUGCACAUCAACCUCCCAGCGCGGUUUACCCCGGUACUGUACAGCCAAGCGACUUACUGCAGCUGCCCUUUUCGACGCUUCGUCCCCCGCUGCAUCCUUCUGCUCCUUUCCUCGCCUCUGAUGAGGUGCUCGACGAUACCAACAGCCAACCAGGUCACACAACCGCGUCUCAGGGUCGCGGUUUAUCGAGCAUGCUCCCCGGUUUUAUGCAGGGGUCCCAACAUGUACUGCCCUCACCUGCAGCCUCCUCAUCUAUGGCGCCCGCGACCCAGGGAGGGGAGAUCGGUGAGGUGCCCGGCAAAAGGGGGUGGACGGGCGUCACAAAGAAGCUGGAUAAGGACGAGGGGAUCGCCAGGAUCGUCCUAGACCGCGCAUCUCAGUCGCUGAUCGUCAUCAACAGCCACUUUGGAACGGAGGAAGAGGCGGCAAGGUCGAUAGCCGCAGCGUCGCACGUGAUGUUCGUUGACAAGCCAACGCGUGGGGAGCUCAUUCUCUUGACCGCCGCCGACAAGGCGAAGCUCAGCGAUUGUUCUGCACACCAGUGUGAGGUGAUGGUCCGCAUGAAGUUCUGGCACAUGUGGGAGGAGUGGAGGAAGUAUUGGCCUGCAGCGAAGGCAAAGUGGGACGAGAAAACGCGCAGGGACGAAAAGAAGAGAGCUGCAAUUAAAGCCAGCUUGGAUGAAGCAGAUGCUCGCGCCGACAAAAUCGCCCGAAUGCAAGCUGGUGGAAAUUCUGGGCAUGAGUAUGCAUCUCAUCAGGAGGGGUCGGGAUCUAAGGAUGGUUAG